GACAUCAAGCCCGAACUCUGCACAAAAGCCCUGAACCUCUCAGUCAAACUCAGCUAGUUCCAAUAUACUCACACCUCUCUGAGACUGUGAACCAACGCAUCGACACACCAUGUUCUCUAGCUUCCUCAAGAACGUUGUCGAUGCCGUAGCGCCCAAUCCAAAUGACCAACGCCAUCAGGCUAAUCCCACACACGGCUUUCGCGUUCUCAAAGUCAAAGAAGGCAGUCCGAGUGCCGCUCAAAAGAUUGAAUCCUUCUACGAUUUUGUCGUUGCUUGUGAUGGCGUCAAGCUCAAUGACGAUGCAUCCUGGUUGCAACAAUACCUGACUAAUGCACAACGUCCCAUUACACUCUCUCUUUGGUCUGCAAAAGGUGGGACCUUGCGUGAUGUCAUCUUGCCACCACCGACAUUGACUGGUAAGCCUGUUGGUUUAUCGCUUCGUUGGUGUCCCACGGCGCCAACAACAGAGAACGUCUAUCACAUCUUGGACGUUGCAGCACGCUCACCCGCCGCUGUUGCUGGGUUACGACCGCAUGAGGACUUUAUCGUCGGUACACCAGAAGGUCUUGUCCGUGGUGAAUCUGGCCUUGGCGAGCUCAUUGAAGAUCAUUUAGACAAGCCAUUACAGUUAUACGUCUUCAACGCCUACCACAACGCAACACGUCUCGUGACACUCACACCAUCACGCACAUGGGGCGGUCAAGGCGCCAUGGGUUGUGGUAUUGGUUUCGGUGCCUUGCAUCGACUUCCAAAACCACUGACACAAGGUGAACCUGCAAAAGAAGGUCAAACGUUAUUUGAGAAUCCACGAGCAAGUCUCGAUGCUGGAGAUGGGUUCAUGACGGGUGCGCAAUUGGCUGCGACAGGUGGUACGGUCGGUGCGACAACGACAGCUGUGCCUGCUGCGCCUGUCGCUGGUGCAGUAGGGGUUGCGAAACCAAAGAAGAAGACACGUAUGACGAGUGCGGAUAUUGAAGCGAUGAUGAAUGAAGGCGAGGAAGAACGAGCGACAGAGACAGGAACGACUUCUACAAAGCUCGAUCUGACGACACCACCACCACCUGUCGCGGCAACCAAGAAGACGACACAGGUAGCGGAUGACAAGGAAGACGAAAAGGCCGAUAGCAAGGAGUCGUAGACACUAUUCAUACCGCUCUACAGCAUUUUCAGAUUACAACGGCUUGGC